GCAGCCCGCGGCCGGCGGCGGCAGGCGGGGCAGGCGGCGCCGCUCGGGCCCGCGCGCGCCAGUCCGCGCCCGGAGCCCGCCGCCGCGCCGCGUCGCGCCAUGGACAUGGAACAGUUCAUCGAGAGCGUGCGCAGCUUCCCCUGCCUGUGGAACACCACCGCCAUCGAGUAUCGCGACCAGGAGCUCAAGGACGCCGCCUGGACCGAGGUCAUGAAGGAGACGGACCUGGCGUCAGUGAAGGAGGCCAAGCUGAAGUGGAAGAAGCUGCGCGACAGCUACCGCGACGCACUGAAGCGGCAGAGCGAGAUGCUGGCCAAGGAGCCGGGCGCCGGCCAGCCGCCCAAGAAGUCCUACCCCUGGAAGUACAUGGCGCCCAUGCAGUUCCUGCAGCCGCACAUGAACGUGCGCAAGAAGGCCGCCAGCCCCCCCGCGCCGCCCGUCCGCGACACCGCGCAGCGCAACGGCGACGCGCGCUCGUCCGAGGAGUCCGAGUCGGAGCCGGAGUCCGAGCCGAAGCGCAAAGCCUGCGACCGCAUCGCUCUCAUCGACCGCAAGCUCGACUUUUUGUGCAAGGCGCAGAGCAAGCGGCCGUUCACGGAGACGCAGUACCGCGAGCGGCGGCGCGAGGCGGGCCCGCCGGCGGCGGCGCCGGACCCGCUCGACAUCUUCUUCAACAGCAUGUGCCAGUCGGCCAAGCGCUUCCCCUACCCGGCGCAGAUCAAGAUCAAGAAGACGCUGUUCGACGCGGUCAUCGAGGCGGAGCAAGCGCUGCUGGCCGAGCAGCAGAGCUACGCCAGCCUGUGGGCGCGCGCCGGCAGCAGCAGCAGCAGCGAGCCGGACGACGGCGCCGACGAGGAGCGCCGCGCCUCCUGAGCCGCGCUGCGCCGGCUGUACGCGCACUACGCCGCGCUGGCGGCCCCGGCCGGCCGCGGCGACUCCAGCUAGGCGCGAGCGGCUGUUGGCUGUGUUGUAGUGGACGAGUCUCGGCUGACGUCGCGUUAUGACUUUGUGGUGCUGCCGGAGUGUUAGCGCAGUGCUCCUUAACGUGAUAUGUGUUCAUCGCUCGUGAACGGUACUGUAACUAAGGAUGGUCGAAUCUUAAAUAUUCGUCGUGUGUUUGUGCACAGUGGGUUGUUAGAAGUAAACAAGUGUGCAUGUAAGUAUGGGUUGUUGUAAGUAAAUAAAUAUGCUAUAAGUAAAGUCUGUACUAUAAUGUUAAUAAAUUCAACAAUGUGACAAUAUAAGAAUAAACAGACGUAACGGUCAAAUAAAGCUCUAGAUAUAAUGUGUUCACGAUCACGCGUGCGACCGCACCGCACCGUACUCUCACCGGAGAGCAUGUCUGUCACUCACUCACGCGAUUCGCAAUCUUGAACUUGAAGGGUACGUAAAUGCAAUCGAUCUCUUACUUUAACUAAUAAGUAUACAAAAGUGACAAUGUAAAUGUUUCAGUAUACUAUUAGCAUAUACAUAUAGUGAUAUCAUAUUGACGUAUGGUAGCGAAUAUUAAGCUAUACCUACCUAGUAGUUAGAUUAAGUUAAAACAUUUUAUAAAAGUGUGACUGAAGACGAAAGCCAAAUGUAUUUUGCUUAAAUGUAAUUUUAUAAUACCUAUAUUUUAACAACGAUUAAAUAUAUCAUUCGUUGACCCUAAGAUAUAAAAUAAUAGGAUUAAAUAUUUAUUAUAUUAAUUGCAAAAUAAAAGAAAUAUCUAUCCAUUGGUAGGUGAUAAAGUUCGGUGGAUUGUUUAUUCGAAAUUCUCCAGUAAUUAAUUAGGGACAACCCUAGGGGCACUCAGAAAUUAGCCACUCAUUAUAGGGGCAACACUAGAUGUACUCAGAAAUUCUCCACUCAUUACAGGGACAAAUCCAGGGACACUCAGAAAUUCUCCACUCGUUACAGGGCACUCGGAAAUUCUCCGCUCAUAACAGGGACAACCCUUUGAGGUACUCAGAAAUUCUCCACUCAUAACAGGGACUACCCUUUGAGGUACUCAGAAAUUCUCCACUCAUUACAGGGACAAACCCAGAGGCACUCGAAAAUUAAAGAAAUAAGUUAAAUCAACAAGAGUGUUCAAUCUAUCUGUAGGUAUAUUCAAGAGGAUUUGAUGUCCCGUAAUGACUAGCUAUUUGACCAGUAUUCAAUGUCCGGGUUCCAGAGCGGUGUCGAGCGUGAUAAUGUUAUAUUGUAUUGUAACUAUCUCGAUAACUAAUAAACAUUUUUACACAUAA